AUGACACUAAUAAAAUCAUCUAUACCAAAAUUACAGCAUCCCAAUCAUGAUGAAUCUGAAACCAACAGGAACAGUAAGCAAGCGUCCUCGUCAGUAAUAACAACUAGUACUCCUGAAUUAAACACACCAACUAGAACUCCCUGGUAUAACAAGAGAUAUAUAUGUUCUGAUGAUGAAGAAGAUGACUUCGAUGAGGUAAAUAAUGAAUCUCAUGAUAAAACACCAUCUCCCAAAAAAUCACAAGUUCUUGAACAUCAGUUUGAUUUUGCUUCAACUCCAUUAAACCCAAAUUCUACUGUUUCGUUUGUAUCACCGAUGAAUAAACUCAAUGCAUUACAUUUAGAAUCACAAAUUGCAAGUUCUUCAGAUAUUGAAAAUGACGUGCAAAUACAGGACCAUGAUGACGAUGAUGAUGAGUAUGAUGAAUUUUCACUUGGAAAUAAAACUAUUACCAAUCAUUCCGAUGACGAGGAGGAGGAGGAGGAGGAUGAUGAGGAAGAAGACAUGAUCAAUCAAUUCACUCCACAAUAUAUAAGUUCAAGGAAAAGAUCACUUCUGGAGUCUCCAGAUAUGAUGAUGCUAACUCCAAAUCAGAACAGCCAUAUAUCUGCUUCAUCAAAUUGCAAUUUCAAUAAACUGUCUAUCUAUCACAACAGCAGCAACAACACGACUACAAAUACCAGUGGUUCAGGAUUUAAGUUUAGUUUUUCAAAUAUUACUGAUUCAACCCCAUGUCCACGACAGCCAAAGAGAAAGAAACUUAAGUUUAAACGACAAAAUAGUCAAGAUUCAAGUAGAAACAUCCUAGAUUUGAACUUUGCAAAGAAAACUAUAUUAUCUGAACCACUGACGAUUCCGUCGUAUAAUGAAGAACCAAAUGACGAAAUUGACAAUGACGAUGAUAGUAGUAGUAAAAGUGCACAAAGUUCAAAAUUAGAAUCUACUCCAAUUUCACAAUCGACACCGGCAUCACUGCGGGCAUCUACUCCUCCACUUCCUUCAUUACAACAACCGACAAGGAAGAAUCAAGAACAUGAAGAAUAUGGUGAAAUUAUAAAUGGAUAUAAAUUUGUCAAACCAAAGAUAUUACCACAAUUCAAGUACGAAACUCCAAUGAAUAAUAAUCGAUAUCAUCAGUUACGUGAUACUUAUAAUAGUAAUAAUUAUCAAAUAAUUGGGGAGUUGCCAAUUACCUCAGCCGGGAUAAUGGAUGAAAAUCCCGAGGAUGAAGAUAUUCAUAUUGGAGAUCGACGAAUAAAUGAUCCAUAUUUGACUAUCCCAAGUAUAAAACAGUCAUUUGAUCAACUAAGACAAUUAUAUUUCAAUGAAGUGAGAUUACCUUUAUUACCACCUUAUUUCUAUCAGUUGAAUGAAUUAUCAACACAAACAAUUAUGUUGUUGAUAACUAGUGAGAAUUUAUUGAAAUUUUAUCAAAGCAUUCUUCUAGAAAAUGAGGAAUUGUUGGAUUUAUUAAAACAAGAAAGAAUUAAAUGGCAUCCUGAUAAAUGGGUAGGCAAAUUCAAAGAUGUACAAUCAUCUAAUGAAUAUCCAUUUAAUUUACAAGUUGUUGAUUUAAUUAGUCAAACUAUAAAUGGACUUAUAGAAUCUUUAUAA